AUGAGCUGUCACAUAUGCGCCGCCGCCCACUCCUACUCUCACGCCCGCUUGCUCUGUCCAACAUGCGCCCGCAAUCGUCUCUACCGGCCACGGCUGGAAAAUACCCAACUUCUUCUGGAAAAGGAAGCCCUAGGACGCCAGGUUGAAGCUUCUCUUUCUCUUGAUACGCCCCCAGCCCAGUCUGUGACGACUAACUGGAACCGCCCGCGGACCGAUCACGAGAGCUCUCGAUGGUGGGCUGUAGAGGCCAUUUCCAGCCAGCAAGCGGCUUUGUCAAAUAAGAGAGAAGAUAUCAACCAACAAGUCAAGGCCUUAAAAGAGGAAAUCAAGGCCAAGAAGUCUUAUAUCUCAGAGCGCAAGGCAGCUUUGUUCCGCAGGCGCUCCGAUGCGAAAUCGGCGCGGUAUCAGCUGGAGGAGCGGGAGGCUGUGACUUUGACAGGCAUCCAAAACACGAGCAAAAGAACAGAGCAUCUCUGGCACUCCUUGCACAGCAAAACAGCAGAAGCUCGGAUCUUUCUCUGUCGGGAGGCUGCUCAUCUUUACGGCCUACGGCAGAAGACUUCGAGGAGAAAUGACGCACGGAUAACAUACGUGCUGGGAGGAAUUUCAAUGAUAGACUUGAGGGAAAUGAAUGGAAAGUUUUGUGCCACUCCAGCACAAAUAUCAUCCUCCCUCUCCAACAUUGCUCGACUUCUUGUCCUCGUCUCGCACUACCUAUCUCUAAGGCUACCGGCUGAAAUUACCCUCCCACACAAGAACCAUCCUAUUCCCACAAUAUACUCCCCUGCGGCAUCAUAUCAAUCGCAUGAGCUACCGGAUGGGGUCGUCGCCUCUCGAUCAGCGACAUCCAGCCCAACGACAUCCAAGACGGGAGAUGCAAGAGUUCAGCCGCGACCUAGGCCAUUGUUUAUUGACAAACCUCUUCCCCGGCUAGCGAAGGAAGAUCCUGGAACAUACGCUCUGUUCCUCGAAGGGGCCACUCUUGUCGCUUGGGAUGUCGCAUGGCUGUGCCGGACGCAAGGAAUCAACCUAGCGUCGGACUCGUGGGAAGAUGUUUGCAAUAUUGGUAAGAGCCUGUGGCAGCUACUAGUCGCCCCGCCAGCCCAGACGUCCAACUUGAUGCGCGCUUUUGCCGGCCGAGACACACAGGCCCGGACAAAACCCACUAAAGACUCCCCACAAACGACUAUCCAGCGGACAAAGUCAUUUCCUAUGCUAGGCCACUACUCUCACGGCACGGCACACUCUUUCCUUGGGGCAUCCGAAGGUACUGAGUUUAUACGGUCAUGGAAGCUCCCGACUCCAACGAAGAUUGCGGACAAAUUGAAAUCAAGCCUUCUUGGGGAGAUGGCUAGCGCAGAAUGGGAAUUGUUGGAAGAGAAGGAAUGGGAUGAUGGCACUGCAGAGCCCAAUCAACUGGCGGUACCGGUGGAGCGCAAUGAAUUAAGCGUCUCGAAUUCGUCCACCACCCAGGCCAACUUAAGCGAAUUCCCGAAUAGUUCGACCUCUCCAAAUGUGGCAGAUGAAGCUCGUCGUCCAAAAGGCACGAGUGGCUGGACGAAGCUUAACAGUAGAUGA